AUGUCGCAACCUAAGAGAUGGCCCGAGCACAGCCAGGAAGAAGCCUUGCCAGCAGAUGUAGAGUCCAUCGGCGAGUCAACCACCUCCGACGAUACAAUCGACCAACUGGAAGCGCUGCGGACAGUGAACACACGAGCAUCACGACUGUCAGAGCCGUCUCUGACAAGGAAAGUGACUUCGAUCGGUACCACUGGCACCACGGAUCCCAACUUCGAGGUGGACUAUGAGGGUGACAACGAUCAAGCGAAUCCGAAGAAUUGGUCGUUCCGAUACAAAGCCAUGGCUGUGGCGUUCUUGUCCUUCAACACAUUGAUUGUUGUCCUCUACUCGACUUCUUACACCUCUGGCAUAGCAGCUAUCGCGUCCGAGUUCCACACGUCAGAGACCAUCGUCACUCUGGGCUUGACCUUCUACCUUCUUGGUCUAGCCAUCGGGUCGAUGUUCAUGGCUCCGAUGAGCGAGAUCUACGGCCGCAAACCGGUCUCGAUCGGCUGUCUGUUUGUAUUCACCGUCCUGAUUAUCCCCUGUGCGUUGAGCAAGUCCGUUGAGGCUCUCAUCAUCGUCCGCUUCAUUGGCGCCUUCUUCGGCAGUGUCAUGAUCUCUAGUGCUCCCGGCAUGGUUGCCGACCUGGUGCAAGACGACAAGCGAGCUCUGGCCAUGUCUAUUUGGAGUAUUGGUCCUGUGAACGGCCCAGUGCUGGGCCCUAUCAUUGGCGGUUUCGUGACCCAGUAUCUGGGCUGGAGGUGGAUGAACUGGAUUGCCCUCAUACUGUCCGGAGUUGCGCUGGGCCUCUCGUGCAUCAUGAGAGAAACAUAUAGCCCUGUUAUCUUACAGAAGAAGGCGGCCGCACUCCGAAAAGAAACGGGUGAAUCACGCUGGUGGAGUCGCUACGACCAGAAGAUGAGUCUGGGCGAGCUCUUGAAGCUGAACCUGGGCCGUCCGUUUGUCAUGGCGGUCACCGAACCCAUUUGUAUCUUCUGGAACAUCUACAUCGCCAUCGUGUACGGCAUCCUCUACCUCUGUUUCACCGCUUAUCCAAUCGUCUUCCGUCAGAUGCGCGKCUGGUCCCUGGGCCUCUCCGGACUGGCCUUUUGCGGAAUCGGCAUUGGCUGCCUCAUCACCAUCGCCUGCGAACCGCUGAUCCGCCGGCUGAUCAACAGCCACAAAAUCGACCCGGAAACGGGCAAGGUGGCCCCCGAAGCCAUGGUGUCCAUCGUCUGCAUCUCGGCCGUCCUCAUCCCCGCCGGCGAGCUCUGGUUCGCCUGGACCUGCGCCCCAGCGUCCAUCCACUGGGUCGUUCCCAUCCUUGCAGGCGUCCUCUUCGGCGCCGGCAACACGGGCGUCUUCAUCUAUGCGUCCAACUACCUCACGCAGAGUUACGGGGUGUACGCCGCGUCGGCCAUGGCGGGUAACUCUGUCAUUCGGAGUAUCCUGGGUGGUGUGUUGCCCUUGGUGGGCUCGUAUAUGUACGCGGGGAUCGGGCCCAACUGGUCGGGGACGCUGCUAGGGUUGCUCGAAGUGGCCAUUAUCCCGAUUCCGUUUGUUUUCUACAAGUACGGGUAUAAGAUCCGCCGGAAGAGCGCGCUGAUUACGCGCAUGCAAAUGGACCAGAUGCGGUUGGAGGGGAAGCGGAAACGACUGGUGCAGCGCGUUGAACACAGCGCGACGGCUGAGCAGGAGAAGAUGGAAGUUUAG